GUCGAUACUAUCGAUAGUCCCAUCGAUUGUUUUGCAGCUCUAAUAGAACGAAAAAGUGAUCCAAUUUCAGGUUUCCUUAUAAUAUAAAUUUUCAAAGUUAUACGGCGACAAAAGUUAUUAGAUUAAACAAGCCAUGGCCCAACUCCCGCCGCGAAAGAACCUAACACCAACAAGAAUUUCAAAGCAGCACUUAUCACCGUUGCAGACAUUACUGCAAAUGGGUUUUACUAAGCACAGAGCAGAAAAAGCAUUGGCAGCAACUGGUAAUCGAGGUGUUCAAAUCGCGUCUGAUUGGCUGCUUGCGCAUGUUAAUGAUUCAACUUUGGAUGAAAAUUGUCCGCGAGAAUAUAUUCUGUACGCAUGCCCUACUGGUUCAUUUUUGCAUCAACUGGAGGAAUUCUGGAACAAAUCACGGAAAAUGUGUGGUUGGAACGGAGCUCAUAAUUAUGUUCCACAUAUCACAUUGGUUUCAUUUUUUAAGGCCCCUGAUGAAAGUUCAUUACAUCUAUCUAAAGCCUUAAAACAAGUAGUUGAUAUGAGUGGACCACUUCUAGAUCGACCAUUGAAACUUGAGCCUUAUUUGAGUCAAAAUUUUAUGGGAUUUUUUGUAGCCGAGGAUGACGCAAACUAUUUGAAACGGCUUUCAUUACAGUAUGUGAAGGAGGUUUCCAAUUCAAUCAUAAGCGAUACAUACGAGCAGCUUGAUGCAAUAGUUGCUUGCUUCCCAUGGUGCGGUGCUGUUUCAUCCGGUACACGUUGUAUACCGCGUAGUAGUCGAUCAAUAUCUUUGGAGCCGCAUGUAAAAUCACUACAUCUUACCUUAGCAUAUCAGUUUCCGCAGAAUCAAUUUAAUUCACUGAAAUCCCUAGUGGAAUCACUCAAUGCAACUUCUGCCUCUAAUUGGGAGCUGCGUCUGUACUCGCGCGACCCACGACUAACCACAAAACAAGUACACAAAGUGGUGUAUCCUCAUAGCCCCCAUGAAAUCGAUGAAUUGGAGUUGCGCAUCGGCGAUUAUAUUUAUUUGAACACGGAUGCUGUAGACAAUUCCAGCGAUGGUUGGGCUGAGGGUAUUUCCUGGCUAACAGGAAGUGUUGGUCACCUACCUGUGAAUUACACUGAACGAACCGCUGAAUCAGACGCGUGGACACUUCACCGCGUUGUACAGUUAUCUAAAUCAACGACCUCAUCUUUGAUAUCGGCUGAAGAAAUUGACAUUGUGGAUGGUCAUAGCAUUUCUAUUGAUCACGAUAAAAGUGAGAAAGGUUUACAUCAUCAAAAUGUGAUAGUUGCCUUGUCUCAUGAAUUAAUAGAGGUCAAUUCUUUUAAUGAGGAAUCCGAGAACAGUGUGGAAAAAUACUUGCGCAAAACUUUAAAACCUUGUUUAGAUUUGCCACUUGUACAAGGUAAUCACAACUCAAUGCCAAACAGUGGUCCAUUACCACAACCACAACAUAUACAUCACCAGUCGGAAUGCAUUUUACAACAAGAAACACCCAGCUUCGAAAUUAGUUCGCCACAUGCAAUGGAAGUGGCCAAGAGACGAAGAGACAUGGAGAUAAUGGUGGAGCCUAUUAGUAUUUCAACACCACGUGCAGAUGACACGCUUAGUAUAAAUUCCGAUCGUUCAAAUGAAGCUACAAGCCUUGAGGCAUCGCCGAACAAAAGUCGUAGAUUAUAUAUAAUGCGACAUGGUGAACGUGUUGAUUUUACCUUCGGGACAUGGAUACCUUAUUGUUUCGAUGAGUUCAACAAUUAUGUGCGCAAGGAUUUAAAUAUGCCCAGGAAAUUACCACGAAGGCAAAGAUGUCCAGACGGUUGGCAAAAUGAUUCACCGCUCACAAACAUUGGACUUUAUCAAGCGAAAUUGACAGGUGAAGCGUUACUUGAAUGCAAUGCUCGAAUCGACCAUGUUUACUGCUCUCCAGCUUAUCGCUGUGUUCAAACAUGUAUAAGUACACUAGAAGGUUUACACUCGCGUAACAAAUUCAAAGUUAAAUUAGAGCCGGGUUUGUUUGAAUGGAUGGCUUGGUAUCCGGAUGGUGUGCCAGAUUGGAUGAGUAAGUCAGAGCUGCUAGAUGCUGAUUACAACAUAGAUACAAGUUAUCAACCUUUUAUUUCUGACACUAAAUUGAAUGAGUGCGUCAAGGAAACCACAGAAGAGUUUUAUACUCGUAAUUAUGAAACUUUACGAAAAAUCAUUGGUACUACAAAGGGAAACAUUUUAAUAGUGGCGCAUGCCACCACCCUUGACACGUGUACACGGCAGUUAAUUGGUGCCGAACCACGUUCUACAAAUGAACUGCGUCAAGUAAUACAUAAGAUACCAUAUUGCAGUUUAGGCGUUGUUGAAGAAAUGGAGACCGGUGUAUGGAAAUUGGUGGAACCGGAAUGUUUACCGGUGACACAUUCGAAAAAUCCUCGAUUUGAAUGGAAUGUACUUACUGCCACAUAGUGUUCGUGCUUUGGGGAAUUGUUGGUAGCUAAUCAUUUUACGGAAAAGCCCUUAUAAAUAAUUAUAAGGUCAAAAACACGACUAUUAUUAUUUAUGUUAAGUGAGAAGUACUGAUUUUGUUAUUUAUAAGGUAUGUGCCGGAUAUCAAUAUAUUUCAUUCCUAAUAAGUUUAUAAAUUUGUUUAAUAGUUAAUUGAGUUAAGAAUGUCUGUAUUUAUUUAUUCCCGCAUAGAAUAUAUGGCGCAACUAAAAAAAAUACCUAUUGUAAUUUAUAUAUCAUUGUCGGGUAUUAAAGGAAUAGUGGUUAUCUCCCCAAACCACAGUAUGUCGGUACAAGGCCUAGACUGAAUUCUUCAACUUUUGGCAAUAAAGUUAAGUAUGCUCGAUAAAAUAUUACCACA